AAAGGCGCAGAGACGGUGGGCGUGCCAGGGCCCCCGGUAGCCCAGUCCUGCCGCACUCUACCAGUCGAGCACAGCCCGAAGGCCAGGGAACAAACACAGAAGGAGGCCGAGAGGGCCCGGAGCAGGGUCCUGCCGCGAAGGGCCUGGGCUCAACGUUAGAGCGCGGCGCGACCCUACUCUGGCUGCAACGAGACGGGUGAGUGAGGUGGUCGCCUGGGAUCUCCCAGAAUCCGAGCUCCUGACGCGGGAGGGCCAGGGGCCUCCGGAAAACUGCGCGCGCCCCGCCCUACCCAAUCCUGCCCCGAGCCGCCCGCUCCUCCCCCGCUGCGUAGCCCUCGGCUGCCCCCUGCCGCCGCGGGGCGGACCCUGCAAGCCCCGCUGUCCCCGCCUUCGCACCGCCCACCCCCGCCUCCGGAUUGGCCGCUCCAGAAAUCUCCAGGCCACCCGCUUUCCGCUACCGGAUUGGCUGCGCCCAGGCGCUAAGGCCCGGCCCAUUUCCCCGGGUCCUUUGAUCACGCGCCUGACGGCUUUUCCGGGGCCGGGGAGCCAACCGAGGGCGUUCCUGUCGGGGCUGCAGCGGCGGGAGGGAGCCCAGUGGAGGCGCCCUCCCGAAGUGCCACUGCCCAUGCUGACCAACCACCCAGCCCUCCGGCUGCUGAUGUCAUGAGUAACACCACUGUGCCCAAUGCCCCCCAGGCCAACAGCGACUCCAUGGUGGGCUAUGUGUUGGGGCCCUUCUUCCUCAUCACCCUGGUCGGGGUGGUGGUGGCUGUGGUGAUGUAUGUACAGAAGAAAAAGCGGGUGGACCGGCUGCGCCAUCACCUGCUCCCCAUGUACAGCUAUGACCCAGCCGAGGAACUGCAUGAGGCUGAGCAGGAGCUGCUCUCUGACAUGGGAGACCCCAAGGUGGUACAUGGCUGGCAGAGUGGCUACCAGCACAAGCGGAUGCCGCUGCUGGAUGUCAAGACGUGACCUGACCCCCUUGCCCCACCCUUCAGAGCCUGCUGUCCUGGACUGCCUGGGGCCCUGCCGUCAGCCUGCUUCCCCUGGCUCCCCCUGCUGGGUGCUGGGUCUCCAUUUCUCCCUCCACCCACCCUCAGCAUCUGCUUCCCACACCCUCACCAUCACCUCACUGCCCCCAGGCCUUCUGCCCUUUGUGGGUGUCGAGCUCACUGCCCACCCACAGGCACUCAUGGGAGGUUUUCCUUCUGGGAUGGAGGCGGCUGGGAGACACCUUUGCUUUCUCUAGCCCUCCUGGGCUUGGCUUGGGCAUAAAUCCCCAGGAGGGCUUUGGAGUUGUUUCCAUGGUGAUGGGGCCAGAUGUAUAGGAUUCAGUAUAUAUUUUGUAAAUAAAACGUUUUGUGGCUAGGG